AUGGAAUCAGCGGAAGCAAAGACGGGGGAGCCGGUCGCCGACGUGGAGAAGCAGCAGCCGUUGCUGCUGCCUCCCACGGCGGCCGAGACGAAGGCGCCGUCGGGAGACGCCUGCGACUGCGACUGCGAGGCGUUACCCCGCGCCUCGCCGACGGCGACGCGCACGCUGGCGUUUGUGGUCCUGGUGGCAGGCGCCGCCUUCGCGGCGCAGCUGGCGGCGCGCGAGGAGUACGUGCUCCUCGCUGUCUUCGCGUCGCAGCUGGCCAGCUUCUGCCUGUUCACGUCGCUGCUGGCGCUGUGCGCGCUCCCGGAGGGCAGCGGCGCCGGCGUCUGCGGGCGCCGCGCGAGGUGGGCGGCCAGGGCGGCCGGGCAGGUGCUGCAGUGGUCUGUCGCCAUGGCGGUCACCACGAGCAUGGCGUGCUGGGUGGUCCAGAGCGCGCCGGUCGCCGUCGGGGCCGCGCUGCUGGGGCUCGCCCUGGCCGCCGUCCUUGCCUGCCACGCCGAGCUCGUGCGCGCCCUGUGGCCCGUGCAGGGGCCUCGCUGA